AUGUUUUGCUCGAGAUUGCUGGUUACCGUAGCAACCACCAACCGUCAGCUCAUUCCCCUUUUCUGUUACCAUCUCCAGCUGUGGGGCGGAAGCUGCUGGACUGACCUUAAACUUCACUUUUUCUCUUAUUCGAAUAAAUACUGUGAGCCUGUAUGUGCCUGUUGUGAGGUUGAUCUACUGGACUGGAGACGAACACCUGGACAAACUCAAGAUCCGGCAGAACAAUGACUUCCUGUUUUGAACAAACCAAGCAGGAAGUGAAGCUCUUUUAACCAGAGUAGUUGUGAGUUUGGUUUGCUGAUGAGCAGAUGAAGAUCGUAGUCUUACUGAUGGAGGGACGUAGAAGUGUGAUGGCCGCCCUGUCUGAAGGCAUGCUGACAGUGCUGACAGUCAACUUGUUAUUGAGUGUCUCCUUUCUUUCAGGAAGACUGACUGGAUGUGAAGAAGACAAAGGCCUCAUCUUUACUGCACCGAGAGAGAUCGAGGGACUGAGUGGAGUCUGUUUGCAAAUCCCUUGUAGCUUUACAGUGAAACCGCAGCAUAAGUUUGAUCCUCAGAGAAAAACAUUUGGAGUUUGGUUAAAACCUGGAGCCCCGAUUCUCAAUAGUCCGAAAAACGUGGUUUACAACAGCAGUCAGCUGAAAAACAAAUAUGACAUGAACAUUACUGGAAACCUGAGGGAGAAGAACUGCACCACUGUGUUUUAUAACAUAAACUCAGAGCAAGCAGACAAAUACUUCUUCAGGAUUGAGAACGGGCCGUUCAAAAUAAGCGCUCUUUGUAAGGCUGUUAAUGUAAACGUUAGAGAUUCUGCUUGGAGACCCAGGAUUGAAAUCUCAGGUGACAUGAAGGAGAAGAACUCUGUCAUUAUAACGUGUUCAGCUCUCACUCCCUGUCCACAAUCACCUCCUAAACUCACCUGGAACCUCAAACCAGACCACAGCAGGCUGACAGAGAAGAACAUGGACGGAACGUUUACAGCUAAAAUCCAGAAGAACGUCACGCUGUCAGACACACAUGAUGGAUUCAACAUCACCUGCUUUGUCAGAUAUCCUGUGGAUGGAGAAAAAUACAAGUUUGCAAAGGCAGAAGUGACCCUCAGCGUUUCCUAUGCUCCUAAAAACACUUCAGCUUCCGUCAGUUUGUCAGAAGAUGGUUGGGUGAACAUGACGUGCUCCAGCAGAGCCAAACCUCCCAUCAGCCUCUUCACCUGGUUCAGGAACAGCACAAAUGGAACCAUGCAAAUAACCGAAGGAGACGUUUAUGGACUCAAUAUCACUGAGGAGGGGAUUUAUCACUGUGUGGCCACCAACGAUCUUGGUAAUCAGACAUCUCCAAAGGUUCAUCUGACUGGUCAACGAAAAGGGAACCUGCAGGUUGAUGGACUUUCUGAAAAAAGAGGAAUAUUGAGUACUCCAGUUAAGACUUCACUUGUGUCAGCAUUAGGAGUUAUUUUGCUUGGCUCCCUGAUCAAAAUCUUCAUGUGGUUUCUUAAGAUCAGACAUCUAUCUCCGAAAAAGCCCCAAACAGGACUACUGUCUAGAAAAGGGAGACAGAAGAACUGAUGUUCGAUAUGAGGAUCUAAACUCCUGGAUAAAACAGACCAGGAGUCUGCGUGGCAGCAGGCAGUCGCAGGAGACGACCUACGCACAAUCGGUCUCCAGGUCAAAAAGCAGCAAAGCAAGUGAAUAAACAUUGGCCUCUCUCUGA